AUGUCUACCACAACAACUACCACCGCUGCGACUACAACUUCGAGCUGCCACGCCAAGCUCUACGACAUCCCAACCCACGAUGCCGCCUGCGCACUGCCAAUCACUAAGGGCAACUCAUCCUCCAUCAUGAGCGACUGCUGCUCCUCCGCAUCGGUCGUUGAGUACGACGGCUGUGAUUACUACUGUCUAGCUGAGGGCCAGACUGUUGGCACCCUUGCCGAAUGUCUCAUCAAGGCCGUCGGCUCAGGCGAGUUUUGGUGCAACACCAAUGCCAACGCUACCGCAACAGCGACUGCCACUGCUACUGGCACUGGCGUGGUCACUCUCGGCGCGACAACGACUGGCGCAGACUCUACUGCUUCGGGGACACCGAGUGGAUCGACUGCAACUUCAACUUCGACAUCUGGAGCUGGCGUUAUUCGGCCUCGUACCGUAUCCAAGUCUGCCCUUGGAAUGGUUGGAGUUUUGCUUAUUGGCUCAAUGAUUGGGCUUUCUGUCUGA